UCCUUCUCCCUUACUCCGAAUAUCAGAAGCAUUUUGGGAAGCAACAGAGAAGGAGGAAGGAGGAAGAGGAAAAAUAGAAGAAGAGCAGAGAGAAAGGAGAAAUUUAUGAAAACAUUCCUGAACAGUUUGGGCUGAAACUUCGUGAAACAGGUGACCACAACAUCAGCUGAGAUCAUGCAGAACCCCAUAUGUCUGGUAGAAAACAGGAAUGAAGAGCUGAUGGUGAACCAGCAAGCCCUAAGGAUUCUUACUUCCAUCACCAAGCCUGUGGUGGUGGUAGCCAUUGUUGGCCUGUAUCGUACUGGAAAAUCCUACCUGCUGAACAGACUGGCAGGAAAGAACAACGGCUUCUCUCUUGGCUCCACCAUUCAGUCUCACACAAAGGGCAUCUGGAUGUGGUGCAUCGAUCACCCCACAGAACCUGACUAUACCUUAGUUCUGCUUGACACUGAGGGUCUUGGCGAUGUGGAAAAGGAAGACUUCAAGAAUGAUUCCUGGAUCUUUGCCUUGGCCAUCUUGCUCAGCAGUACUUUUGUCUACAACAGCAUUAGCACCAUUAACCACCAGGCUUUGGAACAGCUAUAUGUGACAGAACUCACUGAGUUAAUCAAAGUCAAAUCUUCAUCUAACCCUGUUGGAGAGGAAGAUGCAGAAGAGUUUGUGAGCUUCUUCCCAGAUUUUGUGUGGACUGUGCGGGAUUUUAUCCUGGCACUUGAGCUAGAUGGACAGCCCAUCACCUCAGAUGAGUACCUGGAAAAUGCCUUGAAACUCAGUAAAGGAAAGAACCCCAGAGUUCAAUCGGCAAACCUUCCACGAGAAUGCAUCAGAAAAUUCUUUCCCAACCGGAAAUGUUUUACUUUUGACUGUCCAACAAAUGAUAAGUCACUCUUAUCCCAUCUAGAAGAUGUCAACGACAGCCAGCUGGCCCCUAUUUUCAAAGAACAAGCAGACAACUUCUGCUCUUACAUCUUUUCUAGUGCAAAACCCAAGACUCUUAGUGGGGGUAUCAUGAUCAAUGGAAUUCGGUUGGGAAUGCUGCUGGAGACCUAUGUGAAGACCAUCUCUAGUGGGGCCAUUCCCUGCCUGGAGAAUGCAGUGUUGGCUUUGGCUGAGAUUGAGAACUCAGCUGCUGUAAAAAAAGCUAGCAACCAUUACACAGAGCAGAUGGUUGUAAAGGUGGACUUGCGCACCGAAACUCUCCAGGACCUGCUUAACCUACAUGCAGACUGUGAGAAGGAAGCCAUAUCAAUGUUCAUGAAGGAUUCUUUCAAGGAUGACACACACAAUUUCCAAAAUGAAUUGGUGGAAAUCUUAGAAAUCAAGAAGAAUGAGUUCAUACAUCAAAAUGAGGAAGAGUCAACUGAAUAUUGUCAAACUAAGCUUAAUUACCUCUCACAGAACUUGAUGGAGUCCAUUGAUCAUGGCACCUUCCUUGUUCCAGGGGGUUACAAGCUCUAUAAGAAAGAAAGAGAAAAAGUAUUGAACAGUUAUGAUCAAGUGCCCAGGAAAGGGAUAAAGGCAGAUGAGGUCCUCCUAAAGUUUGUAAAUUCACUGGCAAUGACAGAAGAAUCCAUCCUGCAGGCAGAUCAAGCACUCACUGAACAAGAGAAGGCAUUGGAAGCUGAACGAGUCAAAUUAGAAGCAGUUAAAAAGGAGCAAAUGCUGUUGGAUGAACGAGAGAAGGAAAUGAAACAAAAGAUGGAAGCUCAGCUGAGAACUUAUCAAGAAAACAUGAAGCAAUUGAAAAUGAAAAGGGAGGAAGAUAGAAAUCAGAUCCUGAGAGAACAGGAAAUGAUGCUGGAACAUAAGCUGAAGGAACAAAAGAGGCUGAUGGAGGAAGGGUUUCAUGAUAAAGCUGAAGCAAUGAAGAGACACAUAGAGAACAUAUGGACAAAUAUUAAGUCUGUUAAGAGUAAAAUAUCCUCCUGGUGCACCUCAGUGUUAGAUGCUAGCAUUCGAUUGAUGGAGAUAUUGCCUGGUGCAGGAAAACUCCUUGCCUUUAGACCAUUGGACCAUUCUAUAUCAUAAUCAAAUGAGUUUCACUUCCUCAAAAGUUAUGGAAUAUAAUUUUUCUGCCUAAAAACUCCCACAAAACUGAGAUCUCUUUGUAUGUGUUUAUGAAUGUAUACAUAUUUUCUGCUUCUAAUUCACUCAAGUAUUUAGAAUGUAAGCGGAUGCUCCUUAGAAAAGACAAAGGAUACAGGGGGAAAAUUCACAAGAAGAGUAUCCACCACCCCAGUGUUAGUUAGAUAUGUUUUCAUUCUACUAAGUGAAAGGCUCAUUUUCUUUAAGCUAAAGGGUCUAGAAAGCAGAAAGUUUGAGUUCUCCCCUUCAUUUUGAAGACUUCAGAGCUAACAGGAGACCAGACAAUCAUGGAAUCUACCUCGUUUUACAAAUGGCUCCUUGGUGGUUGUAAGCCAGAAGGCUAAAGGGGGUUCAGACUUUGGAACCACAAGAUGCUCAGGGAAGUUAGGGGCAGUUAGAACUGGAGUAUAUAAGGGGGAGUACCCCAGGCAGAGGACACAUUCUGGCUUUAGGGGUCUAGGGUGGUUGGUGGUGUGAACAAGACACUGAUUAAACCUUAGCUAUUCCCUUUUACCAGAAGCUCCUUGUGCCUUUCCUUGCUACUCAAAAUAUCAACUAAUCCAGACUGUCCUCACAUAGUCCUGCUUCCUCCAACUGCUAUAAGAUCCUACAAGCAGCUAGCUGAGAUUAAGUAUCAUCUCUAAAAGAUCUUCAACCAACACCAACUAAUAUCCAGCUUAUGCUUACUCAUUUACUUAUUCAGUUAGGUACUUGAGCUUCAGUGUAGGAAGAGAGAAAGGAAGAACAGUGAAGGAGGGGCUUUGCCCUGCAGGGUGAGGCCAACCUCUGACUCAACUUGAUUAGUUAUAGAGACCUCCUAAUUCCAAUAUCCUUACCCUCAUUCCUUUUCCCCAUCUACUUUUCUUUAGUCAUUAAAGAAGUCACUCUACAGUU